AAAUCACUGGAGCAGCCAAUCGGAAAGUCAGUACCAAUAGUGCCGCGCCGCGCACAGCACGCGUCACGUCAUAAUGUCCGCCACAGUCGAAACUAGUUGGAAACAGAAGGUGGUCGACUCGAUAGAGAUCCCGAUCCUCACAAGAUGCUGUUUUUGUUUUCCACUACGGAAAGGACUGAUUGCCUUCGCAUAUGGAAACCUAAUCCUGACACUAGUAGUGACCGGUUUCCUGUCAUUCUACAUCUCUUACCUAAGGAAUGAGGGCAUCACGGACCCGUCGGAGUUUCCCCGUCUCAUAGCAGACACUACAGCGCUGGUGAUGGAAACCGUCAUGACUGUGGCGUUCAUAGUUGCGUUACAUAAGAAACACGUGGUGCUGAUGAAGGUGUACCUGUACUUCGAGAUCGUGUUCUCCAUCAUCGGCUUCGCGUACAGCCUCGCGUUCAUGACCAAGGAGACGGCCAGCGAGCUGUUCCUCAUACUCUUCCAGCUCAUGCUCCAGAUCUACCUAGUAAUCCUAAUUUGGAGCUCAAUCGUCAAGAUGGAGCGAGACGGCACCGUCAAAUACACGAGAGAAAGAGACCCCGUCUAACCUGCGUCGGUCUUGGCUUUCGACAUGCUAUAUCUCUCUCCUUCCCUGUGAUAUAGAAAAGGACGCUAAGCACUAAGAUUUCAUACUUGUUUGACCGACUAUAAAUAAGGAAUUAUUUUGAUUUCGAUUGCUGCGUCUUUUUAUUAUUAUAAGGAAGGAAAGGGAUGAAAUGAUAAUACUUUUAGUAAGUCCAGCCAAGUUUAGUGUUAAGUUAAUAAUGUUAUUAUUGAGCAUUUGAUUACCACUUCCUGUGAAAUUAUGAAUAAUAAUAGGUAUAUUACGAAAGAUUACGAAAGAAAAUAAUAAAAAGAUGAAAGUUGGCAUACAAUCAAACAUUAUAAAAUAAAUAAAACUAUAUCAAAUACUUAAUUGAAAAAAUAUAUAAAAUUUAAGAAAAUAAAAUGGAUGGAAUGUAUAUUUUUAAUUAAUGUUUCACAGGUAAUUUUAAAAUAAUGUGAUGAUGGGGUUCUUAAAUGUGCCUUUUCUGUACAACAAGUAAAUGUGUAUAUUUUGACGAAGCUGUCAAACUGUUAAAUAAAUGUUGUACUUAUAUUAAAAUUUUAUGGAAUAUUUAAUGUUUAAACUUGAAGUGUUUAAACAUGUAGAGUUUAUAAUAAAUAAAUUAAAAAAGUGCCUUAAUAUUAAAAUAAACUAGGUAUACGUUUAAGGACCUACCUACGCCUACAUUAAGGGGUCAUCCAUUAAUUACGUCACACGUUUAGGGGGAGGGAGGGGGUCAAGAAAAUGUGACAUAUUGUGACAUGGGGGAGGGGGAGACACAAACUUUGUGACGUCACUUUAACUUCAUCAGUAACCGAAAAUUUAUUUAAAUUAUUUAGUUCGCUGUACAUUUAAAUAACAAGUUUUUAAAACGAAAAUAGUUUUUAAUCCUUUUUUUUUUUUUUGACAGUUAAUUAAAAAUCAUUUAUUUACAAACAAUAUAUAUACAGUAGCACAACUAAACGAAAUUAAUAACUAGCUUAAAUCUAAAAUAAAUUUUCUUUCCUAAUCAGUUUUGGGUUAUAAAAUUACUAAUAUUUACAUCGUCAAAAAUAUUUUGAUACAAUAUUAAUAAUACUUAGGUACUUACUUAAUUCGAUUUGGCGAUUUCGUAGAAAAAAUGUGACGUCACACUAGGGGGGAGGGGUUUGCCAAAUGUGACCAAGUGUGACAAGGAGGGGGGAGGGGUCAAAAAACCUAGAAAUUCGUGUGACGUAAUUAAUGGAUGACCCCUAAAUAGCUAAGAUCGACUGAGAAAAUUGAUCUAGUACAGGGCGUUCAGACACAGAUUUCAAUUAAAAAAAAAAUGAUUAAAAAAACAUAAUUAUCUAUCCUUAAACUAUUUUAAUAAAAAAAAAGAUAAGCAGAUUAAAUUCUUCGAUAAUCAUAUUUUUGAAAUAUCGAUCUUCGCUGUGUACGUAAUUCUCCAACCUUUUUCCGCGUCCGAAAUUAGUGCUGAGUGACACCCUGUAUACAUUUAGGUAGGUACCUUCCUAUUCGAUAUAGAUAGAUCUUAGAAAACUGAUCUGGAUAUAUUAUGAAUUAUUACGUAAAUAUUUACAGAAAAUCAAGAUGCCUAAAUUUUAUAUGAAGUAAACUUGUUUUAUUAUAAGUAGGUAGAUAUUAUAUAGAUAUUAAAAUGUACAUUUUGUAUAAAGAUGGAUAUUUUUGAUACCUACAAAAAAUAUGUAUUUAUCAACGUUUAUGUUUUGAACAAAAUAUAAAAAAUGUUUCAUAAAUUUAAGAUAAAGACAGUAUAAUAUUAUGUUUAUCUUAAGUGUAUAAGUUUUAUGCCAAAAAAGAUGUUAAUAUCACAAUAAAACAAUCAAGAUAUAA